AGUUACUUACGGGCAAAGAGCCAAGUACUUUAAUUGAAUAACCAGUUAAGAUUUUGUCAAAGUGUGAUAUAAUUAAUAAAACUUUCACUACUGAUUAAAAUUAUUAAAAAAGUACUUUCAUCAAAAUGUAUGUCAGUGUAUUACUAUGGACAAUAACCAUUUUGUUAGUAAUUUUUGAGUAUAUGCAACGACGGAAACAGAAGAAAUAUCCACCAGGACCAUUUUCUUGGCCAUUAAUCGGUAGUCAAUCUCUUUUGCGAAGAUUAACUCAUAAGCAUGGUAGUCAACAUGUGGCAUUUUGGAAGCUUGCUCAAAAAUACAAAAGCGAUGUAAUAAUGUUGGGACUAGGUACGCGAAAGAUCAUAGUAGUUUCUGGCGUGAACUCCGUUCACAAAUUACUACGUAACCAUAACUUUGACGGUCGGCCUUGGAACGAAUUUAUUAAGUUACGUAAUAUGGGAAUACGAAAAGGAAUUACAAUGAACGAUGGGGAUGAAUGGAAGGAGUUACGAACGUGGGUAGUCAAAAUACUAAAAACCCUUGGAUUUGGCAAGCAAGAGAUGUCAAGGCUCAUCCAGGAUGAAAUAGUAAUAAUUAUAGAAAGUCUAAAGAACGGUGGUAUACAUCGAUUGAAGCCAAUUAUCACACCAACUGUCCUUAACGUUCUUUGGACUUUCGCAACGGGAAAACGAAUUUCUGAGUUCAAACAAUUGAAAUAUUUUAUCGAACUAAUGGAACGUCGUACUCGUACCUUCGAUUCCUCCGGAGGAACUCUGUCUAAUUUUCCUUGGAUUCGUUACAUUGCACCAGAAAUGUCGGGUUACAAUCUUCUCCUUAAAGUCAACGAUGAAUUGAAGCAAAUAUUAAUAGAUACGAUAAACGAUCACAAAGAGAAAUAUGUCCCUGGUGAAGAGAAUGAUUUGAUCGAUAUGUUCCUUCGUGAAAUGUAUUAUGAGAAACAAUUCAAUUCCAUUUUUACAGAGGAUCAGUUGCUAUUGGUACUGUUGGAUUUGUUUAUUGCUGGCAUCAAUACCACCGCGACUACCUUGGAUUUUCUUCUUCUGCACAUGGUCGUUUAUCAAGAUGUACAAAAAAAAGUCAAAGAAGAAAUAUCUUCUAAAAUAGGAUUGAUCGAGUUUCCAAAAGUGGAAGAUAAGUCCAAGCUCAAUUAUGUAGAGGCUGUUAUUACCGAGGCUCAACGUAUCUGCGGAAUAAUUCCAAUAUCUGGACCACGACGAGUUUAUGAAGAAACGGUUUUCGAAGGGUAUACCAUACCAAAAAAUGCCACUAUUCUCAUAAAUCAAUACAGCGUUCAUAUGGAUCCGGAUGCAUUUCCGAAUCCUCACGAAUUUAAACCAGAACGUUUCCUAAAGGAUGGUACAUUUCAAAUGGAUUCCAAAUUGACGCUUUUUGGCAAAGGAAACAGACGAUGUCCUGGCGAGAAAUUAGCAAAAUCCGUUAUUUUUCUUCUGUUCGUUGGUAUUAUGCAAAAGUAUACGCUACUUCCUGUACCGAACAAAGGACCUUACGUCAUCGAAAUAAUUCCAGGAUUAACACUUUCUCCAAAACCUUACGAGGUACUAGUUGUACCACAAUGAUAAAUCUUUAUGUUAUAAUAACUAUAUAAAUAAACUUCUUAUUGUUAAUUUUUAAUA